GUCAGAAUUCUCGGAAUCAGCCGCUGUAGAAUGAAUUUUUGUUGAACAUCGCUCAAUACAUUUUAAAACAGUAGUUUAAAUCUUUUGUCCUGGACGCAGCUCGAGUUUCCCAGGCUGUACGUAAUGAGUCUUUGCAUUUUCUGAAUAAAAAAAGUUUCACAAUUAUAGACAAGAAAUACAAGUAUUGAUACAGCUAACAAUUCACCAUGGCGCUCUGGGCGAGAGCACAGCAAUUGCCGCAGGAGAGCUUGCAGAAGGUGCGGGCCAUAUACGGUGAACACUUCCCGAUAGAAGUGCGACACUGCCUCGCUACGUGGAUCGAAAAUAGAAUAUGGACGCAAGAGCCGGAGGAGCAGCAGCGGUUCUUCGUGGAGGAGCUGGUGCAGGAGCUGCAGACGCACGCGGAGCUCAUGCUGUCGCCGGAGCUGUUCGUCACCAAGAUGAAAUUGAUCGAAGCCUCCAACCUGUUCCGCAGGCAGUACAGUCACGCCCCGCACGAGCUAUACACAUACAUGCGGCGUUGCCUGGCUCUCGAGAUGGACGUCAUCCAGAACGCGAUGGGCGCUCCCUACAUCGCGCAGCCGCAGACCGAGAGGAAAUAUAGCGAGUUGAUAACCGGUUUGCAAACAGUUCGUCAAAAAGUUAACAUGGCCACCGAGGAGAUCCGCAGUCUCCAGGCCAACAUUGAGUCCUUCUCACUGCAGUACCACGAGUGCUUGAAGAACAAAGGUCAUAUAAACUACAUCCAGCAGUCGGGCCCCCUCACCGCUGAGCGGCGCGAGCUGGAGGCCUGUCUCCGGGUCCAGGUCGAGGAGAUGGAGAGGAAACUGAACGCAUCGGUGGCUCAAAUCAACCAGGGUCAGAUGGAGCUGGUGGACCAUAUGAAGGAGAACAUCAGCACGCUGCGCCAGCUGCAGAGCCAGGUGCUGGACGAGGAGCUCAUCAAAUGGAAGCGCGAGCAGCAACUGUCCGGCAACGGCGUCCCCAUGCAGUCCAACCUGAACACGAUCCAGGAGUGGUGCGAGCUGCUCGCCGACCUGAUCUGGAGCACCCGCCAGCAGGUCAACAACGUGGCGCGCAUCAACAGCAAGACCAUCGUCGAGCUGCGCCAGCCGCACCUCGUGGAGAUGCUCGACGACAUGAGCAAACAGGUGACAAGUCUCCUGUCAACACUGGUGACAUCCACAUUCGUUAUAGAGAAGCAACCGCCCCAGGUUAUGAAGACCAACACACGCUUCACGGCUACAGUCCGCCUGCUGGUGGGUGGUCAACUCAACGUUCACAUGACUCCACCCAGAGUUACGGUGGUGAUAAUAUCAGAGCAACAAGCCCAGCUGCUGCUCAAGAGCGACACGCAGAGCGGGCGCGGCAAGCAGCCGGUGGAGUGCGGCGACAUCCUCAACAACAGCGGCUGCAUGGAGUACCAGCCCACCAACAGGCAGCUCAGCGUCAGCUUCAGGAACAUGCAGCUGCGUAAAAUCAAACGCGCCGAGAAGAAGGGAACGGAGAGUGUGAUGGAUGAGAAACUCACUCUCCUGUUCCAGUCCGAGUUCAACGUGGGCGGCGGAGAGCUGGUGUUCCAGGUGUGGACUCUAUCUCUGCCCGUGGUGGUGAUAGUCCACGGCAACCAGGAGCCCCACGGCUGGGCCACUGUCACGUGGGACAACGCCUUCAGCCCCCCGGGAAGAGUUCCCUUCGCUGUACCUGAUAAGGUGACCUGGAUCCAGUUGGCUGAGACUCUGAGGAUCAAGUUCUGUUCUGCCACCGGAGGGGAUCUGUCCGAAGACAAUCUGCGCUUUUUGGGCGAGAAGAUAUUUAGUCUCUGCUCAAGGAGCAACCUGCCCAUCAACCCCAUGGAGCUGAACGGCAUGACGGUGAGCUGGACGCAGUUCUGCAAGGACGCGCUGCCCGAGCGCAACUUCACCUUCUGGGAGUGGUUCUACAUGGUGGUCAAGGUCACCAGGGACUACCUGAGGACGCUGUGGUGCGACCGCCUCAUCAUGGGCUUCAUCCAGAAGAAGCAAGCGGAGGAGAUGCUGGGCAAAUGUCCCCCCGGCACCUUCCUGCUGCGCUUCUCCGACUCCGAGCUCGGCGGGAUCACCAUCGCUUGGACCGGCGAGGGCAACGAGGUGUUCAGCCUGCAGCCGUUCACCUCCCGGGACCUGAUGCUGCGCUCGCUGGCCGACAGGAUCCUGGACCUGACGCAGCUGCAGUUCCUCUAUCCCAACAUAGCCAAGGACGAUGUCUUCUCUAAAUACUAUACGAAACCAGAGAACGAGAUGCUAAAGAACGGCUACGUGAAGCCGGUGCUGGUGACAACGCUCCCGCCGUACAUGUCCAGCUCGCCGGCGUACGCGCACUCGCCCGACUCGCACCGGAACACGCCCAGCGUGCACAGCAGGUACAUGAUUGAAUUUUAAUAUGAACAAAACAAAGAUUUCCAGAAUUUUAGUUUAUGUUUAUUAUAUUUUUUUUAUAUUGCGAAUUAGUUUUUUUUAUUAUUUCGAGUUAAGUUUUAAUUUUAAUAGUCACAUCCGUAUACUUUUUACUAUUUUUUUAUUUUUAAUUUUGACGUCAUUCGGCCUAUGUAUAUGUUUCGAAUUCUUAUAAGUUUAUAAUAAUUUCUAUUUAAGUUUAGUUUUUAUUAUACAUUACUUUUGCUAUUAAGCUUUUUUUUUUCUUCCAAAUAUAACUAAAAUAAGUUUUGUUUACUUUAAAUAAAAUGAAAUGAUUUUGAAUUUAGUUCAAAAUAAAUUAAAUAUAGAAAUUGAAUUAAAUUGAAUAUAAUAUGAAGUAUCGUUUGUUUUAGUUGAAACUAAAUUGAAAUUUUUUUUUAAUUGUUUAGUUACUCCAAUUUAAAUUAUAUUCUGUGACAAUAAUCAACAGUAUGUAGUUUAAUUUGAAAUAAAUUCAAAAUCGCUUUUAUGAAGAUAAGUAAAUUUCAAUUGAAAUAAUCAUGAAUUCAGUUAUAAUCUAAAUAUAAUCUUAAUUUAGUUUACACUGAAAUCGUAUGUAAAAUUUUGUUUGGUAAAAAUUUUCUUUACACUCGUUAAAUAUGACAAAAAGAAGCAAUAUUACAUUUUAAGUAUUUUAUAGUAUUAUUAGUAGCUGUUAUUCAUUAAUAAGGAGUAUUUUUACCAAGAUUUUUUUUGCAUCCGGCGAAGUCAAUCUAUAAAAAAAAUCAAAAAUAAAAAAAAAUCUGAUACAAUAGGCUAGUUGACACUUUUUUUAAUAAUUCAUUAUCGUUCUAUUAGAUUGAAAAAAAAAUUGAGACGUGAAUACAUAAAAAAAAUAAUUUUUAAAUGUUUUUUUAACAAUUCGACCCAAAAUGCUGUCGGUAUGAUGGUCUAUAUUUUAUCAUUUCAUGACGUCACGUAAACACUAAACAUUAACUAGAGAUUUGUUUGUCAAAUUUAUUAGAUAGUAAUUAAUUUGAAUAGAUUUGCCUUUAAUACAUUUAUUACAUCAAGUAACAUUGUGACGUCAUAAAGUGGAUGAUAGCGUUUUUGAAAUUUGGAAAAAUUGAUAAUUUUUAAAUUAAUUAGUUUUCUGUGAAAUCUUUAAGUUCAUGAAAUUAAUAUUAUUUAUAUUAAAUUUGAUACGAGUCAACUAUCCUAUUAAAAAAGAUCGCUCAUUUCAAAUGUCUCAAAGCAUGUAUUUAAAAUGAAAAGACUUGUGAAAGAAUUCCAUUUUAGUAAUGAAUAAAUUUGUUGAAUUUAUAAAUAAAAAUAUAAUUUUUUAUAUCUUUAUUUGUAGAAUCGAUUAAAUAAUUUUAAUUAGAUUAAUUAAGUGAACGUUAGGUUAUAUCUGAAAUAUAUUAUAGUAGGGGAGCCGAAGAGGGGAUUUUUGCAGUUACUCGAGCGCGGCAGGUAAACAUAAGGGACUAUACCUUGCACGUUGUUGAGUACCUCCACCAAGUAUGAAGCUCUUAAUAUUGGUGGCAACCAAAGAAGAAACUAACUUCAAAAAUAUUAAUCCAACACGUCAGAUAAUGAUAAAGUGGAUUAGUCGAUAGCUAAAAGGUGUGCAUUUCGAAAUAUACGAAUCGACCGUAACGUAAUGGAAUGGGAGGGUUCCCAAGUUAUAAAAUGAAACCCUUAUUUUUUUAGUAUCCGAGCCACAAGCGCGAUUAAUUUUUUACUUAUUUUGAAGGAAAUAUUCUCAAUUAUAAUCGUUAAUAGUUUCUGAUAAUUCCAGUAAGCCAAAAUAAUCAAAAUUGUCUUUAAAGUCUGCAGUUUUUUUUUCCCACCGCUGAAAGUGAAAAAAAUAUAACCAUCAUUGAUCUCCUAUUAAAAAAGUGCAAAAUUGGCCAAUUUUUAGUGAAAUUUUGUACAAGAUUGUACGUACGUCCUUUUAUUAUAAGAGGUCAAUGGUAACCAUGUAUAUUUUCUAUCAUCUAAUCUACCAAAUCUAAUCGGUUCCCAUGACGCAUUAGUAACUGCAAAUUUAGCAUCCCUGGCUCCUCUGCUGUUAUGUUGUUUCGUUAAAAUUAAACUAAAAGACUUAAAAAAAAGUAUUAUUUUCUUUUUAGCUGCGGCACGACUAUUCUCCAACUUUAAAAAAAAAUGGAAAUGGCGCCGGUACUUCUUUCUUUAUAAAAUGUAUUAAUUAAUUGAAUUAUUUUGAAAAAUUCUAUAUCGAUGUGAGGCUUAGUAAUUAGGAAUUUAAUAAAAAAUAUGAUAUAAUGUUGAUUAUACACGAAAGCUUAAAAUUUAGUGAUGGAAAUGGAAAUUUAUAGAAUGUGUUUUAGUUUAAUAAUUUGUGGCGGUAUUUUGAAAAAAUAUUCAAAAUUGUAUCAGUAUUAAUUGAUAAGUUAGGUAUACAAAUUUAUAUAUAAAUCUGCUAUGUGUGUAGCACAAAACUCUUCGUCUUAACCUACUUAUAUACGGGAUGUUUGUAUGGAUGUUGGUUUGUUACUCUUUAACGUCGCAACUACUAAACCGAUUUGGAUGAAUUUUUAAAUGAAGAUAGGUUAAUGAAAGAAAAAGACAUCAAAGUAUAUGCAUACAAUAUUUAGUCUUGUUCUUUCGUCAUUAUUAACGACCCAUAUUCGGCUCACUGUUGAGCACGAGUCUCCUCUCAGAAUUUAGGACUGUUCUUUCUUACGACAAAUUAUAUAUAAAUAAAUCAAUGUGCACAGUGUUAUUUUGAAUGCAUCGAUCUCCUAUUAAAAAGUAGAUGCACAAUCAGCGACCAAAAGUCAAAAGUGCUUGUAAACUAAGCCUACUUGAAAUAAAUGAUUUUUGAUUUUGAUUUUUUGAAAAAACGUCCCCACUCAAUGCGUGCCAAACACAACUUCUUGGCACUCAAUUCAAGUAGUCGUAUUUGCAAAUUCAACCUUAAACUCAAUCCCUAAGGUUGAAUUUGCUCUGAAUUUGUGAUUUUAUUGUAUAUUGGACUAUAUUUAAAGGCUUCUAGGUAUAAUUUUCUUUACCAAUAAUUCUAAAACUGUCAAAGCAAAAUUGCCCAGUUUUUAAGUGAUAUUUUCUACAUGAUUGUGCGUCUUUUUAUUAUAAGAGGUCAAUGUUUGAAUUUCAAAUUAUUAAUGGAAGAUAGAUAGAGAAUUUAAUAUGUAUUCAUUGUUCAAUUCGUCUUCUCUUUCUUUCGUAUGUCAAAUUACUGACGACUGAAAGAGAGAUGAAUAUUGGGAGUGUGAACUUUACUCACGGUAGGUAGUCAAUGAUAUUUUAUACUAGAGAUAGCGCAUCAAAACUGAGGCGGACAAAUGUGGAUAAUUGUCUUAAUUUCAUUUCAUCGACCGUUAUUUAAACAAAUAAUACCUAAAUAUCGUCUACAAUGUCGAGUUGUGUGUUCAGGAAGUGUAAAAACUAUAUAUUCAUAAAUAUAUAAUGUAAGUAAACACAAAAUUGCGCAUGUGUGCGCUUCUUGUAUCUAUAGUAUACAAUUUUCAUUGAUAGGUCAAUUCAUAGUUUAUCUACAUAUCAUGAAGUUAUCUCAGGGUUAUCAACGAAUUUACAUAUUUCUCUGAAAGGGAAAGGGACUCGUAAGUCACAAUUUCAGACCGCGAUCAGAUCAGCAUUUAUCAGAUCGAUCAAUAUUUAUCAGAUAGAUCAGCAUUUUUCAGAUAGAUCAAUAUUUAACAUAUAUAUAUAGAUAUAUAUAUAUAUAUAUAUAUGUUAUAUCAGUAUUAAACUCAUUCAAUCGGGAUUGUUCCAAUAUUUUUUUUUAAUUUUUUUAUAUAUAGAAAUCGGUCACAAAAAUAAAUAAUAAUUUUUAAAAAAAAAAAUUUAUCAAAAAUGAAUUUUAUUUUUUAGGAACCUGAAUAUUAAAAUUUAGCAAAUAUAUAAUGAAUUUUAUUAUUUAGGAAAUAAAAAAAUAUUAAUAGGAAGUGUUUUGAAUCCGUAAAAUAUUAGCUAUUUUUCAGUAAAUUUUACUUUUCAAAAAAUAUGAAAAAUAUUCUUAUUACAUUGAAAAAUCCUUGAUGAAUUUUUGAUAAUUUAUAAAUAUAAUAUGACAAACCUACAUCUUGAUAUGAUCAAAUUAAAAAAAUAGAAUAUUUAUUUACACAAAAAAUUGGUUCGUAAGUAUGUUAAUAUUAAAUUAGGUUAAAGUAUACUUUUUGAAAAUUGUAUUUUUUUUUUAUACAAAAUCGACCAAUACGGUAGCACGGUUUCUAAAAAUGUAUUUGACUUACUUAAUCUACUUAGAUAGGAAAUGAAAUUCAAUGUUACUAAAAAUUUAAUUGUUGGUUUUUGUAUUAUAAGUAUUUGCCCAAUACAUUGGGCAAAUUAUAAUACAACAAUACUUACCUAUAUAGGAAUUAAAAUUUAAUUGUUGGUUUUUGUAUUAUAAGUAUUUGCCCAAUACAUUGGGCAAAUUAUAAUACAACAAUACUUACCUAUAUAGGAAUUAAAAUUUAAUUGUUGGUUUUUGUAUUAUAAGUAUUUGCCCAAUACAUUGGGCAAAUUAUAAUACAACAAUACUUACCUAUAUAGGAAUUAAAAUUUAAUUGUUGGUUUUUGUAUUAUAAGUAUUUGCCCAAUCCGUUGGGCAAGUUAUAAUACAACAAUACUUACCUAUAUAGGAAUUAAAAUUUAAUUGUUGGUUUUUGUAUUAUAAGUAUUUGCCCAAUCCGUUGGGCAAAUUAUAAUACAACAAUACUUACCUAUAUAGGAAUUAAAAUUUAAUUGUUGGUUUUUGUAUUAUAAGUAUUUGCCCAAUCCGUUGGGCAAAUUAUAAUUCAACAAUACUUACCUAUAUAGGAAUUAAAAUUCAAUGUUACUAAACAUUUUAAUGUUUGUUUUUAUAGUAUAAGUAUUUGCCCAAUACAUUGGGCAAAUUACAAUACAACUUGUAUGUUAUAUAUUCUUAAUUGUCUAUGGGUCCAUGCAAUGGCAUUUUCUAUUUUUAAUUAUUAUAAUCUAUGGUCUCGACUAGUAUACUUGCUUUACUCGCGCAUUUAUAUUCUGUAGUAUUUUAUAUAUUUUUUUAUUGAACUAGAAAUUUGUGUAUGGAAAAUUGUUGCAAAAUGUUUUACUUUUUUGACCAUAUAAGAUGUAUUGAAUAGAAGCAGACAUUUAUUUGCGGGACAUCAUUAUGAAUAGUGAAUAAUUAAUUUAUUUUGCUUUUUUCUUUGCAAAUGAACAUUGAGUGAAUAUUGACUGGUAUAGAGAUAUUUAAAAAAAUUGCUACAAUGGAUACAAAUUGCUAGAGACCGGGAAAAAUGGAAAUCUUUGGAAGAGGCCUUUACCUUUGCCAAAUGGAAUUUUCUCAAAAAAUUUAGUUUAUAUUUUUUUUUCCACUUUUUUUAUUAUUUUAUUUGAGCCUCAUAUUUCGUGUGAAACGCAAGUCGAGGAUUUCCCGUCGAAUCGGGAGAUUUUGUCGCUUAAAAUAAAUUUAUUAUUUAUUAUUCAUAUGAGAAUGUAUAAUUUCGGUGCUGAAUUGAAUAAUUUUAAGUGAUUUUUGGUGAUUUUUUUAUACUAUUAAUAUCGUUAUUAAAAUUUGGCCGUUUUGAAAAUGUGAUACUUAAAUCUGUUUGUUUGUCAUAGAAAUACAGUCCGCAUAACCUUAUGGCUUAUAUAUAUAUACGUAACAGUAUUUUUUAUUAUAACAGUAUAUGUUUUAAAUGAAAUUUUGAGCAAAAAAAUUUUGUGUGAUAUGACAAAAUUAUAUAGUUUUUUAAUGAAAUUAAAUUACGUAUUUGCUUAACCUAAGUAAACAAAAAUAUAAUUUGUUUUUUUUUUAAAUCGAUAUAAAUGAAUUUUAAAUUGGACGUCACUUCAAAGUACUUUUUUUAAAACGGUCAGGUUUUUUACGCGUACCAAAAUUAUAAUUAUAUUAUAUUUAUACUAUAAUUAUAUUAUAUUUAAGGUGUUAUAUUUGAUGUAUUAUGUAUCGACUAAUGAGCACAAAAUAAAUGGUUUUUACUUAAAAUAAGUAUUAAAAAUGAUGUUAUUAUGUCAAAAUUAUAGACGUUUAUUAAUAAAACGUGAAAAACAACAUAUAAUGUAUUAAUGUGUGGGUGACUUUGUUUAGUCGUCUCGUAAAAAUUUUUUGACUAUAUUUUAUUGUUAAACAAAAAAAUUACCAAAUAUUCUAAAAAAAUAAAUCGUACGAAAAAAAUGUUUAAAAAUGGACGCACCUAAUUCGAAUAAAUAAAUUCAACAUGAACAAUUAAAUAAAAAUCUACUUUUCCCGAAUUCGAAUACAAAAAUAUCCACGGUAUUCAUAAUAGUAUUUUUUAACUUUAUUACAAUUUUUGGAUAUGUACUAUUGAAAAGUAAAAAGUGGAUGCACAAUCAGCGACCAAAAUCUCAAUGAGUGCCAAACACAACUUCUUGGCACUCAAUUCAAGUAGUCGCAUUUGAAAAUUCAACCUUAAACCUAAUUCUUAAGGUUAAAUUUGCUAUGAAUUUGGGAUAAGGCCUUUAGGUAUAAUUUUCUUUACCAAUAAUUCUAAAACUGUCAAAGCAAAAUUUUCCAGUUUAAAUUGAUUUUCUACAUGAUUGUGAUUCCUUUUAUUAUAAGAGAUCAAUGAUAUGUACCUAUAGUAAACAAAAUAUUGACCUAUUUUGUUUUACUAUAGGUACAUAUCAUAAAUGUAUAAUUUUUACACACAUGGAAUUUUUAUCGAGACGACACUAAGUUUCCCUAUAUAUUAUAGGUAUAUAACAAUACCUAUAUACAGUAUUAAUAAACUGCUAUUGUUUAUAUAAUCUUAAUAUAUGUCAUAUUAGGAUUAAAGAACGAAAAGUCUAGAUCUUGAAAUACUUUCCUUGAAAAAAAAAACAUCGAUUUUUAUCCUCUGGAUGUGACUAUUAAACGAAGUAAUUCUAAUUAUAAAAUAAGAUACUUAAUGAUAAGUAAAAAAAUAAAAAAAAAAACAAAUGUCUAUGGCACGAGAGCAGCGUAACUGUUUUAUAAUUCAAAAUUAUCAUACAGUUCGAUUGAUAAGGGUUGGCACGUUCACAUGUACUGUAAAACACUGUAUCUAAAUAACCGGCUAAGUGAGAGUCGAAAUUCGCGCUCGGAGGGUUCCGUUAUCUAUAAAAACGGGUUAAAAAAUAUCUGCUGUAUGGGAGCCUUUUUUUUAAUUUUGUCAAAUUUAUAUUUUUUUUUUUUUGUUAUAGCGGCAACACAAAUAUACCAUGAAAUAUACUUUUUUAUGUGCAAUAAUGAGUUAAAAAUCUGUUUUUUAACUAAAAAAAGCGUUUUUUUUAAUUAAUGUUUGUUACCUCAGAACUUCCUCAUUUAUUAACCAAUUUUGAGAAUUUUUUUUUUGUUUUAAAGAGUAUUCUUCCAGAUCGAUCCCAUUUCAUUUUCAUGAAAAUCGGUUUCGUAAUUUUGUGUUGAAAAUCCAUUUUUAUGUUAAAAGAUUAUUAACUAAAAUGUAUGCAAUAUGUAUAUAUGUGUAGAGGUGCCAGCUCUUAGAAAUACCACUACAUUAAUAAUAAUAAUACUAAUUAAUUGCUAAAGGGAGUCUGUCAAUUUCUUUUAUACUAAUAUACACGACGUUGUAUGGAUGUUUAACAUUUUUGAUGUUACUAUAAAAAAAAAUAAUGAUAAGGUAGACAAGCGACACGAUAAAAAGGUCGAUUUGACGUUUAUUUAUGUUUAACUUGAAGUUUUAGUUUUAUACGGACGCAAAAGAAAUGACAUAACUUAAAUAUUUACCGCAUGCGUCUGUGUGUGUGUUUGUGGAAUCGUCUCUUCCGAAUUGAUAAACGGAAUCACCAAUCACACUAAUAUUAUAAAGGCGAAAGUUUGUGUGUAAAUGUGUAUGUUUGUUUCUCCUUUACGCUGCGGCUACUGAAGUGAAUUGGCUGAAAUUUUAAAUGGCAAUAGAUUUUACUUUGGAUUAACACAUUAUCAUCCCAGAAAAAUCAAUGGUUCCCGCGGGAUUUCUCAAAAACUGCAUUCCAAUCGGACAAAAUCGCGGGCGUCCGCUAGUAUGAUAAUGUAUUCUGUCACAAAAGUAUGACGAUUUUAAUAUUAUAAUUGCUCCGUAUGUCAUUAAUGAGACCGUAAUUGGGCUUUACUUUUUCAGAACUCAAAAUUCUUUUUUUUUUCUUUCGCUUAAGUUUACAAGGACUUUUCAAAUUAUAAAGAGUAGUGUAACAGAAGGUGGGAGAAGUAAAAUAAUACUUUCACUGUACACAAAUUUAUUCAAUAACAAUUUCAGCAUAGCUUCCGCUAUAAUGUUAAUAUUACACGCUGAUGGUAGUAUAUCAAUGAAUCUGCUAAACAACCCUCUAUUUUAUAAUAUUUGCAAAGUUAGUGUCUACUGUUGGUAACACGAAUAUGUUAACAAUACAAGUACGUUUUAAUAAUAGUUCCGGAGUAUUAUUAUACAAACAACCAAACGUUAUAAUUCUAUCUAAAACACAUUAAUAAUUAAAUGGUAUUUAUAACGAUCGUAAAAUAAUAUUAAAAUAUCGAAACACAAAGUUGAGAAAUUAAAUACAAACUAAAUCAUAACGUGACGUCAUAGUUGUUAAGAGUAAAAUAACCAAUGAUGAAUUUAUAUCAUGUAAAUUAAAUAAUUAUAUUUAUAUAAAUAAUUAAUAAUAACCUCUCCACUGUUCGGAUUGAUAAUCAUUGUUACUUAAUUAAAUUUAACUAUAAUAACCGGAAGUCAUAAAAGUAUGAAAUGAAAUGACGCUACUAUACGCUAGGCGGCGACACUUAUCUAUACGAAAUAGGCGGGAAGCAGGUACUAUUUGUAACAUUAGUCUUACUCUUUAUAAUUUUAGAAUAUUUUAUUGAUACAGAUACCUUUCUUAGAUUACAUCGCUUUAGAGUACAUUAUUCAAUAAUCAAUAGACAAUUUAUGGUAAUGUUAUAGUGGCCUUUUUAUCGUGUCGCAAAUACAAUAGGGUAAAUGAGAAAAUUAUUUGGUUGUACGAUAUUUUUUGUUGUGACGCAUUUUUUUUUUUAAAUCUAAUUAUACAACUAUUUACUAUUACUACAUGACAAUUUUUUGAAAGUAAGCUGAAUGUUUUGAUGUAUUUAUGGAAUAACAAUAAUUAUGAGAAACGUAAAA